UGUGUGUGUGUGUGUGUGUGUGUGUGUGUGUGAGCAGCAGUCAGUCAGUCAGUCAGCGGCGGAGCAGCAGAGCGAGCAGACGUGACGGCGGACCCGAAAAAGCAAGCCCGCUGCGGGACACUUUUUGCACCUCCACCGCCCUUCUCCCUCGCUGACUUCCCCCGGAGUGCGAGCACUUUUGUCCGGCUUCGCGGCGCCGCUCUCCCCGCUAUGGAUCGUCACGCGGCCAGGACCGGACAACACACGCCGCGUCAAAAGUUCUGAUCGUCAACAAUUGGAUCGUUGCAGAGAAGAUUUGAGGGCAUUUUUUGAUUUUUUGUUUUUUGGAGUUUGUCUGCAAGCUGGUUGCUUCAUGUGAGCACUGACAUGUUCUCUCUCAUGGGGUGACCCACAUCGCGCUCCUGAGAUGUGACGCUGGGAACGGCCUCUUCCUGCACCUUCCUCCAGGGCGGCGUCUACGGUCUCGAAUGAAUCUUUGCCGCCAAGCCGCCGUGAUCCGCCAGCCCGCCGCCAUGAGGAGCAAAUACUCGCAGUACUACAACCGGACUCUGAUCCCGUACUACUACGAGCUGGCCAAGAACAUGACCAUGGAGCAGCUGGACAAGCGCAACAAGGACAAGAAGGGUCUGAGCGACCCCAGCGUGGUCAUCGUGGUUCUGUGCGUGGUCAUCAUCCUGGAGAACCUGCUGGUGCUGGCGGCCGUCUGCCGCAACAAGAAGUUCCACUCCGCCAUGUUCUUCUUCAUCGGCAACCUGGCCUUCUCCGACCUGCUGGCGGGCUCGGCGUACAUCGCCAACAUCUUCCUGUCGGGCUCCAGGACCUUCGACCUGGUGCCGGUGCAGUGGUUCAUCCGGGAGGGCACGGCCUUCAUCGCCCUGGCGGCGUCCGUCUUCAGCCUGCUGGCCAUCGCCAUCGAGCGCUACAUCGCCAUCACCAAGGUGAAGGUGUACGGCUCCACCAAGACGUGCCGCAUGUUCCUGCUCAUCGGCGCCUGCUGGGCCACGUCCAUCCUGCUCGGGGGGCUGCCCAUCAUGGGCUGGAACUGCAUCGGCAACCUCCCCGAGUGCUCGGCCGUGCUGCCGCUCUACUCCAAGAAGUACAUCCUCUUCGUGGUGACCAUCUUCAGCCUCAUCCUGCUCUCCAUCGUCAUCCUCUACGUCAAGAUCUACCUGAUCGUGCGCUCCAGCCACCAGGAGGCCACCAACUCCCCCACCUACGCCCUCCUGAAGACCGUCACCAUCGUGCUGGGCGUCUUCAUCAUGUGCUGGCUGCCCGCCUUCACCAUCCUCCUCCUGGACUCCUUCUGCCGCAUUCAGCUGUGCCCCGUCCUCUCCAAGGCCGACAUCUUCUUCGGCUUCGCCACGCUCAACUCGGCGCUCAACCCGGUCAUCUACACGCUGCGCAGCAAGGACAUGAGGAAGGAGUUCCUGCGCGUGCUCUGCUGCUGGGGGGUGCUGCGGAGCGGGCGGCCCGCCGAUCGCUGCCUGGUGCCGCUCAAGAGCUCCAGCUCUAUGGAGCACAAACACGAACACCAGAACAUGCCCAUCAUGCAGGACUGCACCACCUGCGUGUGACGGGUACAGGACCACACCCAUCACGCAGGACUGCACCACCUGCGUGUGACGGGUACAGGACCACACCCAUCAUGCAGGACUGUACUACCUGCGUGUGACGGGUACUGGACCACACCCAUCAUGCAGGACUGCACCGCCUGCGUGUGACGGGUACCGGACCACGCCCAUUGGUCAGGACUGCACCACCCGCGUGUGACAGGUACCGGACCACACCCAUCAUGCAGGACUGUACUACCUGCAUGUGACAGGUACCGGACCACACCCAUCAUGCAGGACUGUACUACCUGCAUGUGACGGGUACCGGACCACACCCAUCAUGCAGGACUGUACCACCUGCGUGUGACGAGUACCGGACCACACCCAUCAUGCAGGACUGUACCACCUGCGUGUGACGAGUACCGGACCACACCCAUCAUGCAGGACUGUACUACCUGCAUGUGACGGGUACCGGACCACACCCAUCAUGCAGGACUGUACUACCUGCGUGUGACGGGUACCGGACCACACCCAUCAUGCAGGACUGUACCACCUGUGUGUGGCGGGUACUGGACCACACCCAUCAUGCAGGACUGUACCACCUGCGUGUGACGGGUACCGGACCACACCCAUCAUGCAGGACUGUACCACCUGCAUGUGACGGGCUCAGGACCACGCCCAUUGUGUGAAGGGUAUCACCCACAAUCAAAUGUCAGCCAUAUUGGGGUGUGUCACCACUUUUCCAAUCACCAUGGCUGUCAGAAAUGUGAAAUAUUUCAUGGGUACUCUGAUGGAGUCAUUUUCAUGUGUGCUUCCCCUCCCCCGCUAUUAGAAGCCAAAAAAAAAAUGCUUCACAUCACACUCCCGAGUGUGUGUGCAAUGCCACGCCAUCAUUGUUGCACUUUGUGGAUUUUAACACCAAAAAAACCCAACAACUUCCACUAAUAGCCUGCAAGAUUGCAGCAUCAGAGCCAGGACGGUAAUAUUUGUUGCUGCCUUUCCCACAGAACACGAGGACUUUCAUUUUUUCACAGCACUACUGUCAACACGACGGUGUGUGUCAAACAAGAGUUGCCAUCAGUCGCCUGUCCCCUUUCACACAGGUCGUGUCCCAUCUCUGUUUCGGCUCAGGUACCACCUUUAAAGACGGAAAAUUCCAGGGUUGACUAGAAAUAAAAUAGGAAGUGUAAGAGCCUGCAAAACUGCAGCGUCAGAACCGGCAUUUUCACCUGUGCCUUUUACACAGAACAUAAGAACUUACAUUUUUUUGACAGCACUAUUUUCAGCACAACGGUUUGUGUAAAACGAGGGACGGGUGAUAAACUCCACUCGCCUGUCCCAGUCAUGGCCAAAUACCCUUUCACACAAGUCAUGUCCCGUCUCUGUUUCGGCUCAGGUACUACCCUUUAAAAGACAGAGCCUGAAAAAUUACAGUAUCAGAACCGGAACUAUAAAACUCUUGUCAUCUGUGCCUUUCACACAGAAUUCACUAUAUUUGGUUAUUUUGUCUUUGUGUGCAUCUUAGACUCAGAUAAUUCGAUCAUUCUUGUGGAACGACAACAGUUGCUUUCAACGAAGUUUGGGCUGUUAAAUACCCUUUUACACAGGUGGUGUCUUGCCUGUUUUUCGGCUAUGAUACUACUCUCAAAGGCGGAAAGUUCCCAAGUUGACUUUAGGCAAAAAAGGACCACAAGAACAGUAAUAUUUAUCCGUGCCUUUUACAUGGAACCAAUCAACACACGUUAUUGACACAUUUGUGUGCGCUUUCACACAGCAACACGGCAACAAUCUAAAAAAUUACAGUAUUCAUUCUUGUAGAAUGCCAAUAAUUGCUUUGAAAACAACAAUUCUUGUCAUAAACUCACUCGCCUGUCCCAGUCAACGGUAAUAUUUUCUGUGCCUUUCCCACAGAAUGCAAGAACUUGAUUUUUUUUAACAUCGGUACUUUCAACACAACAGUAUGUGUGAAACAAGAGUCGGGUGAUAAACUCCACCCGCCUGUCCCAUUCAUCAUCGAAUACCCUUUCACACAGGCCGUGUCCCAGCUCUGUUUCGGCUCAAAAGCUUAAUGACCUUAAAGACGAAAAAUUCUAGGGUUGAUUAGAAGAAAAAUAUGAAGUAUAAGAGCCUGCAAAAUUGCAGCGUUUGAACUGGAAUUAUAAAACUCUUUCCACCUGUGCCUUUCACACAGGACAAAAGCUCUUGAAUUUUUGACAGCACUACGUUCAACGGUGUGUGUAAAAUGAGAGUCGGGUGAUGAACUCCUGACUAUAAAAACAAUAAGAAUUGUACAGUAAGAGCCUGCAAAAUUGCAGCUUCAGAGCAACAAGAACAGUAUUAUUUAUUUGUGCCUUUUACACAGAACCAAUCAACACGCGUUAUUGCCGCAAUUGUGGCCGCUUUCAGACAGCAACAAGGCGGGAUAGUCACAGAUGUCCUACUUCAGUUUUGGCGGUUAUACUACAUCCAAAAGUGGAAAAAAACAUAGAAAAAAUGUGUGAAAGGGUCUUUGAAUCAGGGGAUAUUGCCGCAAUUGUGGCCACUUUCAAACAGAAACAAGGCGGGAGAUUCACAAUGUCCGAUUUCAGUUUUGCUGGUGAUAUUAUAUCCAAAAGUGGAAAAAAACAUAGAAAAAAUGUGUGAAAGGGUCUUUGAAUCAGGGGAUAUUGCCGCAAUUGUGGCCACUUUCAAACAGAAACAAGGCGGGAGAGUCACAAUGUCCGAUUUCAGUUUUGCUGGUGAUAUUAUAUCCAAAAGUGGAAAAUUGACAAGGUAAAUUUUGAAAAAAUGUCGAAAAGUGCUUUUAAUCAGGAUAUGGGGAGCAAUUGUGGCCACUUUCAAACAGAAACAAGGCGGGAGAAGAGAGUGUCAGGCAUCACAGAUGUCCUGCUUCUGUUUUGGCGUGAAACUACUCAAAAAGUGGAAAAUUGCAGAGCUAAACUUAAAAAAACUUGUGUGAAAGGGGCUUAUAAUCGGGAUAUUGCCGCAAUUGUGGCCACUUUCAAACAGAAACAAGGCAGGAGAUUCACAGAUGUCCUACUUCAGUUUUGGCGGUAAUACUACAUCCAAAAGUGAAAAAAAAUUUUGAAAAAAAUGUGUGAAAGGGGCUUUGAAUCGAGAUAUUGCCGAAAUUGUGGCCACUUUCAGAUUGAAACAAGGCGGGAGAGUCACAGAUGUCCUACUUCAGUUUUGGCGGUAAUACUACAUCCAAAAGUUGUAAAAAACAUAGAAAAAAUGGUGUGAAAGGAGCUUUGAAUCGGGAUAUUGCCGCAAUUGUGGCUGUUUUUAGACAGAAACAAGGUGGGAGAAGAGAGUGUCAGGCGUCACAGAUGUCCUACUUCAGUUUUGGCGGUGAUAAUGCAUCUAAAAGUGGAAAAAAACCUAGGAAAAAUGUGUGAAAGGGUCUUUGAAUCAGGAUAUUGUCGCAAUUGUGACCACUUUCAAACAGAAACAAGGCGGGAGAAGGGAGUGUCAGGCGUCACAGAUGUGCUACUUCAGUUCUGGCGGUAAUACUACAUCCCAAAGUAGAAAAGAAAUUGGAAAAAAUUGUGUGAAAGGGGCUUUGAAUCGGGAUAUCGCUGCAAUUGUGGCCGCUUUUAGACAGAAACAAGGCGGGAGAAGAGAGUGUCAGGCGUCACAGAUGUCCUACUUCAGUUUUGGCGGUGAUAAUGCAUCUAAAAGUGGAAAAAAACCUAGGAAAAAAUGUGUGAAAGGGGCUUUGAAUCAGGAUAUUGUCGCAAUUGUGACCACUUUCAAACAGAAACAAGGCGGGAGAAGAGAGUGUCAGGCGUCACAGAUGUCCUGCUUCUGUUUUGGCGUGAAACUACUCAAAAAGUGGAAAAUUGCAGAGCUAAACUUAAAAAAACUUGUGUGAAAGGGGCUUAGAAUCGGGAUAUUGUCGCAAUUGUGGCCACUUUCAAACAGAAACAAGGCAGGAGAUUCACAGAUGUCCUACUUCAGUUUUGGCGGUAAUACUACAUCCAAAAGUGAAAAAAAAAAUUUGAAAAAAAUGUGUGAAAGGGGCUUUGAAUCGAGAUAUUGCCGAAAUUGUGGCCACUUUCAGAUUGAAACAAGGCGGGAGAGUCACAGAUAUCUUACUUCAGUUUUCGCGGUAAUACUACAUCCAAAAGUUGUAAAAAACAUAGAAAAAAUGGUGUGAAAGGAGCUUUGAAUCGGGAUAUUGCCGCAAUUGUGGCUGUUUUUAGACAAAAACAAGGUGGGAGAAGAGAGUGUCAGGCGUCACAGAUAUCCUACUUCAGUUUUGGCGGUGAUAAUGCAUCUAAAAGUGGAAAAAACCUAGGAAAAAAUGUGUGAAAGGGGCUUUGAAUCAGGAUAUUGUCGCAAUUGUGGCCGCUUUUAGACAGAAAUAAGGCGGGAGAAGACUGUGUCAGGUGUCACAGAUGUCCUACUUCAGUUUUGGUGGUGAUACUACAUCCAAAAGUUGUAAAAAGCGUAGAAAAAAAUGUGUGAAAGGGGCUUUGAAUCGAGAUAUUGUCGCAUUUGUAGCCCCUUUCAAACAGAAACAAGGCGGGAGAGUCACAAACAUCUUACUUCAGUUUUGGCGGUGAUACUUUUGUGGUUUUCAUCACUGGUGCUGUUCCGGCUCAGGUGUGACCUACAAAGACAGAACAUUGCCAGGUCAACGCCAUUAAAAAGGGUGGAAAAUGUCCUGAUUCUAACAAUAUAAUACUAUCAUAAGCAGCGUGCAUGGACUAGUCAGAGGAAAAACUUCAUAUUCCAGAUAUAACCUUCCCUCCACUUCCUGAGAGUAACCACAUCAUCUUGUAGUUAAGCGUCUAUGACAUCAUCCUUUAGUUAAGCGUCUAUGACAUCAUCUUGUAGUUAAGCGUCUAUGACAUCAUCCUUUAGUUAAGCGUCUAUGACAUCAUCUUGUAGUUAAGCGUCUAUGACAUCAUCCUUUAGUUAAGCGUCUAUGACAUCAUCUUGUAGUUAAGCGUCUAUGACAUCAUCUUGUAGUUAAGCGUCUAUGACAUCAUCUUGUAGUUAAGCGUCUAUGACAUCAUCUUGUAGUUAAGCGUCUAUGACAUCAUCUUGUAGUUAAGCGUCUAUGACAUCAUCUUGUAGUUAAGCGUCUAUGACAGGAGUGUCCAAAGUGCGGCCCGGGGGUCAUUUUUUAACGGCCCCGCGGCACAUUUUAAAAAUACUAUUGAAAAAAAUAAAAAGUGGUAUAAAAGAGCAAAGAGGUGAAAUGUAAGAAGAACAUGUUGCAAUGUUUACUCGAACAACACAAAGCUGCCAUGCAGGCUGUUUCUUUCUUUACAAAAAAUGUUUUUGAAAAAAAAAAUCAAUUAUGAAUUAUUGACCAAUUCAAGGCUCCAAUUACGUCACAUUAAAUAUUCCACUUUGAGAUAUUUUUGGGGGGCAAAUGUUGCAUAUUUUGUGUUUGCCAUAUAAAAAACUGAGCAGUUUUUUUUUUUUUUUUAGAAGGGCCUAAAACGGACAAACAAAAAACAUAAACUACAAUAAAACUUAUAAUUGACGGAUAAAUCUGAAGUUGAUCUCGAGACCAUUGUGUUAAAAGUAAACAGUAAAAAACUAAGUAUUAUUUAUUUUCUAACACUUUAAUGAUCCUUUUGGAUCAGUGUGUUUUGUUUUUAAGUGUCAUUGCACAAAAAAUAAUAGUGACUUAAAAUCAAUGUUGUUAUGAUUUGUUGACAUUUUUCCAGCUCCAAUUAUUAUAUAAUCUCAAACAUUCUACUUAAAAAUUUUAUUGGGUGAAAAUAUUGCAUAUUUUGUGUUUUUUUUUCAUAAAAAAACAUGGUUUUCUUUGACAAAAAUUGAAUACAACUUAAAUCUUUAAAAACUUCAUAUUGACAGAUAGACUUAAUGUUGAUCUAGAGAUUUAAAACUUGAAUAAUAAUAAAAAUAAUAAUACUGAAUAAUGACACAUUUCUAACAUUUUAUUUUUACCAAAAUCCAGCCUGAGUGGAGGCCUGAAUGUAUAUUUUUUAUACAUGUAUUGAUUUUUAAAAUAAAUGGCCCCCGCUUGCUUUGAUUAUUUAGUGUGCGGCCCUCAGUGGAAAAAGUUUGGACACCCCUGGUCUAUGAUGUACCCCAGCACAUUAAUCCUCCCUCCAUGACGUCUCUCCCGUGAGUUGGGCUGAAUGUACGCAGGGUGAUGAAGAAGUUUGGUGGUGGACAGUAUUCGCCAUCUUAGUCUGGAAUGAUGUUGGGGGGAGCAGUGAGCAGCGAGUGGGGUGAAGAGGGCAGCUCGCUGUGAAGAAGGAGAAGCGCCACAUCCUGCUUUCAUUCGGUCUGAUGAGCACGGCUGGUAAAAGCUGCUUUCAAAGAGUGAGGGGGGAGCCUUUUUUUAGCAGGUCAGCGUCGUCCUCUACCACUUCCUUCUACCGCAGGAAGUUGUUUUAUUUCUCUUCCUGUUCUUUAAAGUGACACCCCCAUUCUUCCUGUUUAUCAACAUUUUUUUACACAGCCGUGGAGAAAUGGUGAAAAGCACUUUGGCAGCUUCAGUGACGUCGUCUUUGUCCCAUUGAGAGGCCUUUUUGUGCCCCAAUUAUUAUGAGCAUGUAUGUAAGUAUGUACAGUGUAUGUAUGAUGACAUGUAUGUACAGUCUAUGUAUCAUGACAUGUAUGUACAGUCUAUGUAUGAUGACAUGUAUGUACAGUGUAUGUAUGAUGAUAUGUAUGUACAGUGUAUGUAUGAUGACAUGUAUGUACAGUCUAUGUAUGUAUGAUGUGUAUGUAUGUACAGUCUAUGAUGAUGACAUGUAUGUACAGUGUAUGAUGAUGAUGUGCAAUAGCCUGGUGUGUCCAGCCAGUGACACGCUGCCUGUGUUCAUUCGGUACAAUCUGAAACACUAAUGUAGGUACCUUUUCUUUAUUGCAUUCCUAUUUUUUUCUACAAAAUAAAUGAAAUACUGAAAGGUU